AUGUCUCGUUCAAACGCCCCGAGUGGCGGCGCCGCCUCUCGUAAGAUUUCCUUCAAUGUGAGCGAGCAGUAUGAUAUUCAGGAUGUCGUCGGCGAGGGCCUCUGCCAUUCACAAGCCCUCGGGCCAGAAAGUGGCAAUCAAGAAGAUCACUCCAUUCGACCACUCCAUGUUCUGCCUCCGAACCCUGCGAGAGAUGAAGCUCUUGAGCUGAUGGAGACGGACAUGCACCGCGUCAUCCGCACCCAGGACUUGUCUGAUGAUCACUGCCAGUACUUCAUUUACCAGACGCUGCGUGCGCUGAAGGCGAUGCACUCGGCCAAUGUGCUGCACCGAGAUCUCAAGCCGUCGAACCUGCUGCUCAACGCCAACUGCGACCUCAAAGUGUGCGACUUUGGCCUCGCCCGUUCCGCCGCAUCACAGGAGGACAACUCUGGCUUCAUGACCGAAUACGUUGCGACCAGAUGGUAUCGCGCCCCGGAAAUAAUGUUGACCUUCAAGGAGUAUACCAAGGCCAUCGACGUCUGGUCCGUGGGCUGCAUCCUCGCUGAGAUGCUUAGCGGAAAGCCGCUCUUCCCGGGCAAGGACUGUGAGUAUCACCAUCAGCUCACGCUCAUCCUGGAUGUUCUGGGCACGCCGACGAUGGAGGACUACUAUGGCAUCAAGUCCCGCCGGGCCCGCGAAUACAUCCGGUCGCUGCCCUUCAAGAAGAAGGUGCCAUUCCGAACGCUAUUCCCCAAGACGUCAGACCUGGCGCUCGACCUGCUGGAGAAGCUCCUGGCUUUCAACCCCGUGAAGCGCAUCACGGUGGAGGAGGCUCUGAAACACCCGUAUCUCGAGCCGUAUCAUGACCCCGAAGACGAGCCUACCGCGCCGCCAAUCCCAGAGGAAUUCUUUGACUUUGACAAGCACAAGGAUAACCUGAGCAAAGAACAGCUGAAACAGCUCAUCUAUGAAGAGAUCAUGCGGUAA